AUGACAGGUACAACAAAUAAUGGUAUUUGGUCACGUCCAAGUGUUGAUGGUAAAGUUGCGUUAAGAUCGGCCCAUUCCUCAGUUCUUUUAAAAAAUAAUAUAAUAGCAGUUUUUGGUGGAUGGGAUGGUAAUUCAGUUCUAGAUGAUUUAGUAUUUUAUCAAAUAGAGUUACAUUCAUGGGUAUUACCAGAAAAUACUAAAGGAAAUAAACCAUUAAAAAGAGCAGGUCAUACAGGAACAUUAUUACCAAACAGUGAAUCAUUUUUAUUAUUUGGGGGAAGUGAUGGAGAAAGAUAUUUAUCAGAUACACAUAUUUAUGACUAUCAAAAAAAUGAAUGGAAAGAAGUUAUUACAACAGGUAUUAAACCACCAGCAAGAUCAAGACAUUCAGCGACAUUAAUACCUGGAGAAAAUAAAAUAUACUUUUUUGGUGGAUCAGAUUUACAUAAUACAUUCAACUCGCUAUAUGUUUUAGACAUUGACUCUAUGAAGUGGUCGAUACCCAAUUGUAAAGGAGAUAAUCCGCCAUUAAGUUGGGGUCAUACAUCAACAUAUUAUAAUAACUGUUUGUACUUUUUUGGGGGAAAUGAUGGAAAUUCAAAGUUAAAUCAAUUAAGUAUACUGGAUUUGUCAACUCAUACAUGGAGGGUCAAUGUAUCAGUAGAGUCAGUUGGACCAGCGCCAAGUGCACGUUUAGGUCACUCGUUUUUAACUUAUAAAAAUAUAUUCAUACUUUUAGGUGGUGGCAGCGCUGACAAGAUUUUAAAUGACUGCUUUAUAUUUUACCCCGAAACAAUGACAUGGAAGCAUUUUUCUGGUGAAAAUCCUCCACCACAACGUUGCGCACAUAGUUCAGCUUGUUUACCAAAUGACGGCUUAGUUUAUAUUUAUGGUGGAACAGAUGGCACCCGUUACUUUAAAGAUAUUUAUAUUCUAGACAUAGAAAAGGUUUUAGCAAAAUUAGAAAAUGCACCAAAAAAAAGAAUACGUUUAAGACCACUAAAAAAAUCAAAUGAACAACAAUUAAUAAACAAUAAUAUAAUUUUAAAUAAUAGUAAUAAUAAUUUAACAACAACAUCCACGACAACAACAACAACGACAACAACAACAAAUACUAAUAAUAACAGUAAUGGUAAUAAUGGUAAUAUUAAAUCUAGUAAUAACAAUAUUUUAAAUUCUUCUUCAUCAACCACCCCAUCAUUAUCACCAUCGACCAAUUCAUCACCAACAAUAUCUACAACAUCUUUUAAUAACAAUAAUAGUAAUCAUAGCCAUCAUAAUGGCAAAUCAAAUAAUACCAACAACUAUAAUAAUCAAAAUAUUGAUACACAAAACAAAUUUAAAGGGAUUAUCGAAUGGUUAACAAAACAUGGAUUAGAAAAGUAUCAAGAUAAUUUUAUAUUAAAUGAUAUAACAUUAGAAAACUUAGAUUGUUUAACAGAAAGACAUUUAAUUGAAGAUUUAUGUAUACCAACAUUAGGAGCUAGACUAAAAAUUUUAAAUAAUAUUUUAUUACAAAGACCAAAAGAAAAAAAAGAAAAAGAUGAAAAAGAAAUACUUCAAGAAUCAAUCAAUAGUUUAAAGGCAAUCACAGAGAACCUAUCUUUAACACUAUCAUCGUUAACAUUAACUAUUCAAAAUUUAGCUUUAAAUAAUAAUAAUAUAAAUAAUAAAAAUAGUCAUGACCAUAGUAAUCACUCAACACCUCCAUUACCUGGUUUUAAUCAAACCAAUGGUAGAAGAAACUCUCACUAUUAA